GGCACCAAUUCUUGAGAGUUUAAUUCAUCAUCAAUAGGUGUUUUCAUUUGGGAUUCAAACUCACCAUGGUGGACGCCUUCAAACUUUGCAUCUUCCUUCUUGCGUCGAUCUGUGCUUUCCUAGUCUUUUCUAAUCCAGUGCUGUGUAGUGAUAAGGAGGACAGUGUAUUCAAGGGAAUCAACAGCUACAGGCAAACACGGAGCCUGGUACCCCUGAGCCAAGUUUCGAAGGCAACAUGUUUGGCUGAUGAAGUUGCAGAAGAAAUAGAGAAGAUGCCCUGUGAAAACGUGAACCAAUACUACCCUUCAUCUGUUCCUGGUAGUGGGAACCUCAAAAUCCCAAACUUGCAGAAGCACAUAAAUAAAUGUGACAUUAACUUCAACACCACCACUGAUGGGGUCAUUCUCCCCGUUUGUGUCUCCAAGCUGGAACCAACCAUUGUGCUCUCUAAUUACACUCAUUCUGAUCGUUACGCACAGUUUCUCAACAAUUCCAAGUACACUGGAGCAGGGCUUGGUUCUGAGGAUGAUUGGAUGGUUCUUGUUCUCACCACCAACACUACCACUGGAAGUUUCUCUGCUGCUGCAACUUCUGUUCGUGCUUAUGCUGCUUCUGUGGACUUCUUGCUCUUUGUUUCGUUGUUUGUGCUCAUCAACUACCUUGAUUGAGUGUUUUGCUCUUUCUUCUGAGCUUCAUUUUGUGGACACUUUAGUUUCAUUCCCCCCUUCUCUUUUGUGUAAAUCUAGACCGAAGUGAACUUAAUUAGGAGUUAAUUUGUGUGAUGUUAACUUGUUAUUUAUCUAACUCUUCUCGAAUUUCUCAAAUGACACUCACCUUGUAUGGUUUAAGAAA